AGCUGAUGGUACAACUGAGUGUUUCUCUCUGCAUUUAAUGUGGAUGCAGACACUGACCAUGGACUGCCGACAGUUAACCAGGCCUGAAUGAAGUUCAGGUGACAGUGGAGGGAUCUUCACAGAGGAACUGAUGCAGAAUGGAGAUGUUUGCCAGGCAGUGCUUUGUUUGGAUACUUCUUAAAGGAACAAUUUGUCUGUUGGUUCUUGGGCAACAUCGGGGCAACUUCACCUUCAGCAAUAGUGCUUCACAAGAACUUAGAGACCAGAACCCUCCCUUGCAGAAAAACUGGGCACCCCAAACUGAGAGUUUGAUUCAGAACACCAAACUACCCGUCGAUUCUUUUAUUCCUCUUUCAAAUCAGGGACUUCCGGAAAUACUUGGAAAACACAGUCAAUCAUACACUAAACCGCCAUUAAAGCUAAAGCUUCACCCCACCAUGAAAAUUCAUGGAACAUCUAAAUUCUCCAGGACGUUCACUUGGGGGGACUUUUACUCAAACAUUAAAACGGUCAAACUGAAUUUGCUGAUAAUGGGCAAGAUCGUGGAUCAUGGGAACGGUUCUCUUGGAGUUUACUUCCGCCACAACUCCACGGGUGUGGGCAACGUGUCGGUCAGCCUUGUCCCACCGAUGAAAGAGGUGGAGUUUGAUCUGGAGCGUCAAAGUGUGGUCAACCCCAAAGACUCGAAGACUUUCAACUGCAGGGUGGACUAUGAGAAAACUGAACGCAACAAAAAGGUGAUGCUGUGCAACUACGACCCGUCCAAGACUUGUGCUCAGGAGCAGACCCAGAGCCACAUCACUUGGAUGUGUUCCAAACCCUUCCAGGUCAUCUGCGUCUACGUGUCUUUCUACAGCACAGACUACAGACUGGUUCAAAAAGUCUGUCCAGACUACAGUUACCAGAAUCCGGGAGCCUACGUGCCUACAGGCUGACCAGGAUGACAGUGGAGAAUCGUUAUUUCAGUAAGAGGAGGUUUUUAAAGGGUUUUUAAUGGAUUCUAAAGUUUAUCAUUUAUUUAGAAUGCUUUUUUUUUCAACAACUGAACAAAAGCUGUAAAUGUUUUUAGUGCAAUAUCUUGCUUGUUGUAGACUUGUUGUAUAUGAAAUGAAUAUAAUUAGGGCUGCAGCUAUCAGGAUUAUUUUCAUUAUCAGUUGAUGUGAUGAUUGUUUUUAAAAAUAUGUUUACAGCACAAGAAAUAUAAAGGCUUUUAAAAAGACUGAUGUGACAUUAACUGAUUUUCAAAUGGUUGCCAAUCAAUUCUGUAUCAAAAAUCGAAUAAUCAAGUAAUCCAUAUUUUGGUUUGCAGAGGUUAAUUUAUCAUCAUCCUCUACUGUCUUUUGUUUGUAAUGCUCUUGCCUUUACCCUGUGCAUUUUUUUGUCAUAUUUAUGUCACUCUUUACUGCAUGUUGCCUAAUAAAGAAACAAAUAUGAUUAAAAAACAAAGACCGACAGGUUAAAAAAGGUGAUUCAAGGGAUGAUCUCUGGAGCCACUGAAGAUUUAAUGGGCUCACUUCAUAAAUAACCUUUACAAAACCUGUUUUCUACAUUUGUCUUUCAUUUCCUUCAACUGAAUUAGGUACAAUCAGUCCUUACAAAUGCGAGGAAAGAUGCUCAUGCAAACUCUUUAGUUCAGAACUCACGGGAGCUAGAAGCAAAAUGUGUAGGUUUAGGCCUGUAGCUUACUGUAGCUUAUUCCCAUUAGAACUUAUUAUUUCAGCUUGUUGAGAGAGCAUGCUGAAUACUGGACCAGGAUUGGGUUCUAAACCAUUUAUGAUGUACAUACUGAACACACCAAGAACAGACCAUACAUUACAUUAAAUACAUUUUCUUUGUGUGUGAUUUGAUUUUUCUGUAAAGUCUCAUGAUCAAU